AUGAAUAGUGGAAAUAAUUAUGAUAGUGUAGUUGGAGAUAAUAGUAACUCAUAUGGUCAACCAACUUUGGCAUCAGAUUAUGGACAUCAUGAUAUGAGCAUGGGCAAUGGCAAUAGUAAUAAUAGUGGUAGUGCAUUUGCAAUGGGAGGUUCACAAUCAUUGAACUCAUCUUCGACUCAGAAUGCAUCGGGCUCAAUGCUGCACCAGCGAUUCAACUUUGUCACGACCAAGGUCAAGGAGUUCAAGGACACGCGUCUUCAAAACACUCGUGACUGGAUGCUCUUUGUUGGCAAGCGUGAGAAGUACGGACUGCCCACAAUGAGCACAGCUCCCGAGCGUGUCAAGGAGAACAUCAUCUACUUCCAGACCAACUACCUCAUCCUAUUCUUCAUCUUUGCAACAUACGUCAUUAUUACCAAGCCAUUGUUCUUGUUCCUGUUGGUGUUGCUGGCACUUAUCUCGAUAUACAUGAACUAUGUCAAUCCAGAGCUGCCAGAGAUUUACAAGAAGAUUGGAUUCGGUAUCCAAGUAUUCCUAUCAAUCUACUUCCUUCUUUCCGCUGGUUCAUCAAUCGUUUGGCUAAUUGGUGCAUCAAUAUCAAUUGUACUUUUGCAUGCUGCAUUCCACGUUCCACAAUCAACGGAUGACUCGCAGCUCCAGUUUGGAAGU